AGUUUUAAUUUACAAUCUGCAGAGUGAAGGUCACGGUUAUGUUUAUCGCUAGUUAUUGCUAAAAAUUUUAGUCGAGUCAUGUGAAGUUUUCGGCACGGUUUGUCCGACAGUGUUUGUGCAUGUGCUUGUUGUGAUUGUAAAUAAUGGGUCAACUUAAUCACACUCAAUGUUGUCUUCUCUAUUCAAAAAGGACAACGAGACUGCAAUUGUAAAAAUAUCUGAUUCCACAAUCAAGCUCAAUAAAUCGGAAUACAAAAAGUUCCAUUACGUAAAACGAGAUCCUAAAAUAAUCUCCAUUACGAAUAAAUAUAAAAAACAAGGUACUUGUCUUUUAGACUCUUAUCCUUUCAAGGACUAUUACUCUAGAGCUAGAAAUAGUGAGGAUGAACCAGAGGAAGUAGUUGCCUAUGCUUGUGACAACAGACGUGAUUCAAUUGCCAGUAUAUUUAAUAUAGAAACAGAAUUAUCUCAGUUUAUUAUGGAGACCAAGAAAAAAUCUAAAUGGUCUCUUUUCUCCAAGAAGAAAAACGAAAAGGAUGCCAAAAAUGAUGAACCAACAACUCCUAAUAGUGUAAAUGAUGAAGUAGUAAAAUUUAGCACUCCAACAGAUUCACCAGAGAAGAAAAUAACGAAAGAAGAUGAAAUUAGAUAUGCAAACCAACACAAAGCUAAGUUUGCAAACGUUCUGGAGAAGUUCGAGACCAUACAAGUAAGUGAUGAGACUGAUUCGACGUCGAAUCCUAAAUCUCCUAUGCUGGAAGAUAUACGGAAGAAUUUAGAAAUACAUAAUGGACAUUCCGGUACUAAGACUCAAGCACCACCUGCUCCGGAGCCACUAGAAAUGAAGCCAAACAAAAUAACAACAGUGCCACUGAGCCCGGAAGGUAAAAAUACACCCCUGUCACCCAACAUCAUUAAAUCACCGAAACUUAAAUUACCCCCCAAUCGCCAAAUUGUACCACUGAAGCCCAGGUCUCCUUCGGUAGACAGACUGAGAUCGCCCACACCUAUACUGAUUAAUAAUAAAAAAUCCAUGAGUCUUCCCAGACCUCGUCCCGAAGAAAACGUCUUCAAAUACGACAACGUUCCGAGGCCAAAACCACCGCAAGUGUCCCGCCAGAACUUCGACGAAGGAAUUUACGCCACAAUUCCCACGAACUACCAAAACUACUCGGAAGUUGCGGACAACCGUGCCGAAACUAUGAGCAGGUCGUCCAGCAUGCGAAGCAGAAGCAACGACAAAACAAUAGCCAGACGAAGCGUCGAAAAUUACUACUGGAACGAGAUAAAAAAGAUGGAGGCACAGAAGCAGCUCGAGUACCAGGAGUACCAAAGGAGGAUAUCGAUGUACAUGAACCAGCAGGAGCUGAAGAGGUCCCAGAGCAUGUCACCUGCGCUAAGGUUCAGAACUAUGCGUAACUCAAUCGCCGGCAAUGGUUACAUAAGCGAAGGCGAAAUAUAUAACGCAAAGCCAAGAUCUUACCCCAACAGUGUGGUUUACCACACCCUGGACCGUUCGCAGCCCAGCGGUCCGAUCUUCCGAAGGGGCAGCAUCGCCGAAGAACAAAGGCGACCUCUUAAUACCUACAAAAACGUGCGGUUUUCGAGGAAUACUCCGACCGAAAACUAUCAGGUGGUCCCUGAAGACGACGACGUGUUUUACGCCAACAGUUACACCCUAAAUAGGCCGCCCUCUAGACUGCAACACGUCCAGAACCCUUCUUACUACGUUCAACAACCGGUUGUAAAUCUAGUCCCAGUUGAUGGAAGGAACCGCCUCAGCAACAUGUACGACCCAGGACUGCCCUACUACCAACAGCAAGUGCCACUAAGGCAAAGUUACCAGCAGCAAGGGAAUACGCUGAAGAGAAACAGCUACGCACCAUCAGUCAGGCAAGAAGUUCUUGUGCAACCACCGCAGGACAACCCAAACUUCAUCAGGAACUCGAGGCUAACGUCGAGUACCGGCAACAUCAAACAGUUGUCUAAGAUGCAAGGCCAAAAGGUGCUGACUGUGCCCAGCAGGAGGAAUCCCACCCCUGUUUUAUUUUAACCCUUUAUUUGAUGUUCCUGUGGAGUUGUUGCUAUUUUGUGAUUCUUAAGUAAUUAAGUAGUUAGUUAGUUACCUUUGUUUAUAUUGUAUAAGGCCACUAAGGCUAAAUUAUUGGAGUAUACUUUAGGAAUGUAGUGUUUCUUUUUAGUUUAUGUUUCAUAAACACAUGUAAAAAUAUUUAUUCACUUAAAUAUUUAUUUACACAUACCAUAUACAUUUAAAUGGUGCUCCACUUAAAAAUGAGAAUAAAUAUUGAAUAAUUUAUUUUUCAUUACAACAAUAUAGUUUAUAAUAAACCUUUCUUAGUUUGAUAACUUGUUUUGUUUAAUUAGAACUAAAUAAAAUUUUAAGAUUGUUGUGAAAUAAAUAUAUUUGUAUACAAAUAAUUUA